GCAGCAGUAGCGCAGCGUCUGAUGGAGGCAGUUUUGAGGCACCUGAACAACAUUUUGGAGCUGCUGGCCGUGUCCCAAACUGACUGCGUGCGCGAAUGGGACCGUCCCACCACACACCGGGCGUUUAAGUGGGCUGAAUACUGCGAGCAGCUGCACUCCCGGUACCAGUUCAACCCUACGGUGCGCUCCGUGCUGGAGUCCGGGCUGAACGACACCAACCGGCGCCUGCGGGACACAUUUCCGUCGUACAGUCCGGUGGAGUUCACCGAGCUAGCGCAGUGUCAACACAAGCUGAUCGUUCAUUUGCUCAGAAACCCUUCUGCGCCGCAUUUUAUCAUAGACAUGCUUUUUCCUGGUCAAAACACUCCCUCACAGGAGCUCCUGACACCUCAGAGCAGCCUCGUUACAUAUAAAUCCGCGUUCAGUCUGUUGUGCUGCACUCUCAACAGGACUAGUAGUUACCCUGGGUUACAGACUGAACCGGAAGUGAGAGGCAAACUCCUCGGGAAACUUUUAAACUCGGUGGUAACUCGUCCCGGUAAUGAGGAGCGCGCGAAAUCCCUGCUGGAUUCGGUUUGUCGUGACAGCGCGGGAAAAGUGGACUGUUUUUAUGACGUCAUCGCUGGAGCGCUGCUGUCCAGUAGUGACGAAUCUCAGCGCUCGAUUCUCUCUUGGCUGAAAGAGAAGGAUGGGGGUUUGGAUACAUUCUGCGCGUUUAUUUCCUCCGAGGUGUGUGCAGUCGUUUCCCGACGGUCUCCUGACUUUAGGAAGCUCUACUGGGGUGCUUUGAAACAGUGGGCGUCGUGUUUGGUGUAUGACGUCACUGAGAGCGUGUGGGUGACGUCAGAGGGAGCGGUGAGCUUUGAUGUGCUGGCUGAUCGAUUGAGGGAUUUAAUAAAUUCAGGAGCGACACUAAAGGAGGAGACUGAGACUGCGCUUAAAGCGCUCACACUGCAGGAUGGAGACUUCAGUGUUAAAGGCGUCAGUGUGUGGACUGAUCUAAGCCUUCAGCUGAAGCUGUGAAUCUAGCAGAGUGAAGAAUUCUGUUUAGUUAGAUGCCUAGUAAUUAAUUGUGUUAAUUAAAUUAUUUUAUUUAUGUUUAAAAUAUGCUUUAUAUUUUAUUUCAUUAUUAAGAGGAUUUCUUCAUCAAUCCACAGGUCAAUAGGUUUUAUAUUAUUAUUAUUAUUAUUUAAAAAUAAUAAUAAUAACUAUAAGUUAUUAGAGUCCUGUUGAUAUUUUUAUUGUUAUUCUGAGAAAGUCAUAUACUGUCAUCACCCAGCCGACAGGAGGCGCCAGCGCUCUUUUCACCAACGCCCUCCUGCUUUACAUGAUAUUCAUGUUUUAUAUAAGCGGACUGAAUAAUAAAGCUU